CUACGUGUAUCCUUCCAUGGACGAGCUAGCUAGACAAGUCAACUACGUGCUGGGCCACUUCGGUAUCAAGUCCUUCAUAGGGUUCGGAGUAGGCGCGGGCGCCAACAUCCUCGCACGGUUCGCCCUCACGCAUCCUCAGCAGGUGGACGCUCUAGUGCUGGUGAACUGCACCUCGAACCAGGCGGGGUGGAUCGAGUGGGCGUACCAAAAGUUCAACUCGCGGCUACUGCGCACGCGCGGCAUGACUUACGCUGUGCUAGACUACCUCAUGUGGCACCACUUUGGCAGGAUGCCCGAGGAGCGAAACCAGGACCUGACCCAGAUGUACCGGUCCUACUUCACGCGUAACGUGAACGCCACCAACUUGGCGCUGUUCAUCGACUCGUACGUGCGCCGUGGAGACCUCGCCAUCGGUCGCGAUGCCGACACGCUCAAGGUGCCGGUGCUGAAUAUAACAGGAGCGCUCUCCCCGCACGUGGAGGACACUGUCACCUUUAACAGCCGCUUGAACCCAUCCACUUCCACCUGGAUGAAGCUCUCUGAUUGCGGAUUGCCGCUGGAAGAGCAACCAGAGAAGCUUGCUGAGGCUUUCCGCCUAUUUCUACAAGGGGAAGGAUACGUGGCGCCGUUGUCCCCGACCAAGAUAGUGUUGUACCGGCGACUAUCGGACGCGGGGUUGGGGGCUACCGUGGGGUCGGGAGCUAUAGUGGGAGCGGGGGGGCGUCGUCGCUGUCGGCACUCGCCCAUCAUUCGCAUCACCGAGAACCCUAUACCAGAGGCCGUUGUAUGCUAA